GUCCCUCCUCACAGCUCUUUGUGUCAAGCUCUCUCUCUCUCAGACUCCACAGGCUCUUCAACUCUCCACAUGUGAAGAUUUGAUGCCAGAUUCUGAAACAAAUCAGUGACCGAUCCGUCAGACAAACGCAAUGACAGCUGCAAACGCUCCGCAAGACAGGUAUAAUGCUGUAUGGAUCAUAUUCUUCAUUCUGGGCCUGGGAACUCUGCUACCAUGGAAUUUCUUCAUGACUGCUACCAUGUACUUCACACAACGUCUGAAGGACCCACAGACCAAUGGAGAACACAAUCAGACAGCCAAUGGGACGGUGGUGAUAGAGGGUGACAAUCGUAACGUCCUAGAGUCAAAGUUCAACAAUGUGAUGACGCUGUGCGCCAUGGUACCGCUGCUCAUUUUCACCUGCCUCAACUCCUUCAUCCACCAGAGGAUUCCUCAGAAGUUGAGGAUCUCAGGCAGUCUAUCUGUCAUCUUCGUGGUGUUUCUCAUCACAGCCGUGCUGGUGAAGGUGGAGAUGGAGCCCCUGCCGUUCUUUGCGUUCACUAUGAUCAAAAUCAUCUGCAUCAACUCGUUCGGGGCAAUUCUGCAAGGGAGUCUGUUUGGUUUGGCUGGAAUGCUCCCAGCAUCCUACACCACGCCCAUCAUGAGCGGACAAGGCCUGGCAGGGACGUUUGCGGCCUUCUCCAUGAUCUGUGCUCUCGCCUCGGGCUCAGCGUUACAGGACAGUGCCUUCGGCUACUUCAUCACUGCCUGUGUGGUUAUUCUCCUGGCCAUUGUUUCUUACCUCGCUCUGCCUAAAAUGGAGUUUUUCCAGUAUUACUCUGAGAGCAGUGGCUCCCGAUCCAGCGCUGAUGAGGAAAACAAGAUGGAUUUGCUGAAACCAGAUAAUCGUCACUUGCGUGUGCUACAAGGGGAGUGGAAUGAAAGUGGAAUGAAAUAUAACAGGAUUUAUGUUCAGCUGAAGUCUGACAUGUGCUCUCUGUUCUCUGUUCAGCCCGGUAAAGACAGCAUCUGGCUGCCCGUCCUGGUCAUCGCACGCUUGGUGUUCGUUCCUCUCUUCAUGCUCUGUAACGUUCAGCCCAGACACUACCUGCCCGUGGUGUUCGCUCACGAUGCCUGGUACAUCAUUUUCAUGAUCCUCUUCUCCUUCAGCAACGGAUACCUGGCCAGUCUCUGUAUGUGCUUCGGACCAAAGAAAGUGUCCCAACAUGAAGCGGAAACCGCAGGGGCCAUCAUGGCUUUUUUCCUCUCUCUUGGCUUGGCUGUGGGAGCCGCGUUAUCCUUCAGUUUCCGGGCCAUGAUCUAGAAGCAUGGCCUAGUUCUCAGUAUGAUGAAGAUGAACUUUAACCCUAGAUAUACACAGAGCCAGAGAGAAUGUAUUCAUACUGCACAUGUAUCCCUUUGCCUGUUUGCCCCUCUUGUGUGUUUUCUUAAAGAAGUGGAACUGGAAUAGACAGUAUUCACGCAGGGAUUCUAAGAGGGAACAUCUUCAUCAACAUUAUGAUGUUAUGAGCAUCAUCAUCAUGCAAAACACGAGCCAAACCGGUCAUCAUAUUUUUUGUAUACUUGUUGUGAAUUGUGCCAAUUCAGUAUUUAGCAAUAAUGUAUAGUUCAGGUUAAGCCCUUUCUGUUUUAAUGUUUGUGUAAGUAUUAACGGUUUUAAUUGUCCUGUUUUAGAUUUGUUUAGUGACGGCAGAGACAUGCAGCUAUUAGGGCAGUAGUUCACUGCAAAAAUGUUUUUCUUACUUAGUAUUUUUGUCUUUUUUUCCCCAUUACAAAUGUCAC